UCCUGCGGGCGCCGCAGCGGUCGAGGCGGGGCCAAGGYCGCCGUUCGGCGCGCUCCCAGUUGCCAACAUCCAGGGCUGGCCCGAGCCUAGGCCGACGCCUCUGGGCGCCGCUGUGCGGCCGGGCGCUUCUGCGCGUGCGCGGGCCUCCCCUCGCCUCUGCGGCCGCGGCCGUSCGGUUGGGUGCGGCUCGUCCGACCCGCGUUCUGCAGGACCGUCGCGCCCGCCGCCGCGCCGCAGGCCUCCCGAGUUCCUGCGACCUGCCUGUGCCUUCCGAUUGCUAAAGCUUGUUGGACCAUUUUCUAAUGGCUGGACCCAGGAGGGUGAAAUGAUUCUCAGGACUGUGAAGCCAGCGGCCAGAGUCCGUGAAGCCGAGAACCUGGGUGACCCAGUGGCUCCUGAGGGACCUAUGGAUCAUGGCAGGAAAAGUGAAAUGGGUCACUGACAUCGAGAAGUCUGUGCUGAUCAAUAACUUCGAGAAGAGAGGAUGGGUCCAAGUGACCGAGAAUGAGGACUGGAACUUUUACUGGAUGAGCGUGCAGACCAUCCGGAAUGUGUUCAGCGUGGAGACCGGGUACCGGCUCUCGGACGACCAGAUCGUCAACCACUUCCCCAACCACUACGAGCUCACCCGCAAGGAUCUGAUGGUGAAGAACAUCAAGAGAUACCGGAAGGAGCUGGAGAAGGACGGGAGCCCCCUGGCCGAGAAGGACGAGAACGGGAAAUACCUCUACCUGGACUUCGUGCCAGUCACCUACAUGCUGCCCGCGGACUACAACCUGUUCGUGGAGGAGUUCCGGAAGAGCCCGUCCAGCACCUGGAUCAUGAAGCCUUGYGGCAAAGCCCAGGGCAAGGGCAUCUUCCUCAUCAACAAGCUCUCGCAGAUCAAGAAGUGGUCCCGGGACAGCAAGACGUCCACGUUCGUGUCUCAGUCCACCAAGGAGGCCUAUGUGAUCUCGCUGUACAUCAGCAACCCCUUGCUCAUCGGCGGGAGGAAGUUUGACCUGCGCCUGUACGUUCUGGUGUCCACGUACCGCCCGCUGCGCUGUUACAUGUACAAGCUGGGGUUUUGCCGGUUUUGCACCGUGAAGUAUACCCCGAGCACCAGCGAGCUGGACAACAUGUUUGUCCACCUCACCAACGUGGCCAUCCAGAAGCACGGGGAGGACUACAACCACAUCCACGGAGGCAAGUGGACCGUGAGCAACCUGCGGCUGUACCUGGAGAGCACCCGCGGCAAAGAGGUGACCAGCAAGCUGUUUGACGAGAUCCACUGGAUCAUUGUGCAGUCCCUGAAGGCUGUGGCGCCGGUGAUGAACAAUGACAAGCACUGCUUCGAGUGCUACGGCUACGACAUCAUCAUCGAYGACAAGCUGAAGCCCUGGCUGAUCGAGGUAAACGCGUCCCCGUCCCUCACCUCYAGCACUGCCAACGACCGGAUCCUCAAGUACAACCUCAUUAACGACACCCUCAACAUUGCCGUCCCCAACGGCGAAAUCCCAGACUGCAAAUGGAACAARUCCCCUCCAAAGGAAGUUCUUGGGAAUUACGAAAUUCUGUACGACGAGGAGCUGGCCCAGGGCGACGGGGCCGACCGGGAGCUCAGAAGUCGACCGGGGCAGCCCCUGGGGCCCAGGGCAGGCCGCACCAGAGACUCAGGACGAUCCGUCCUCUCCACCUGGAAGUGACCACCAGCAAGAAGGAAGCCCUGCUGGGCCUUGUCAAGACGACCCCUUCCCAGACCCCACUGAAGGCCUAAGACCUAUUUUGGAAUUUCCUCUUUUCUAGAUCCUCUUUCCUGAGCCCUGUAAAUAAUAAAGCACUUAUU